UUAUAUGACGGAGCUAGCUUGUACUAGCUUAUAUUUAUGAACAGCUGAACAGAGGCAUUAGUUAGCAUAACUUGCUAGUAACUUAGCAACAAGACGCCGCCUGUCUGAAACGAAUGGCUGGACAGAGUACCACAAAGGACAUAGUUUCAGAGUACCUCAGUCAGAACCAACAGCUGGCCCAGUGGGUCGAGACAUUAAGGAACUACUCGGAGAGCAACAAACACUGGUUUGCUCGGAGAGAGUUCAUCCUAAGAAAUAUGGAGGCGUACCCAGAAAUCGAACCAGGAGUCCCAAGCUCCAGUCUGGACAGGCUAAUGUGUCUGUCCUGGGUUUGGGCGAAUCAUGUCUUCCUAGGCUGCAAGUAUUCACAGGCUGUAAUGGACCAGAUAAAAGAGAUGAGUGAAAGGGACGUUGUCCAUGACACUUCAGUUCAAACAGCAAAACCAGAAUCUGGGGCCAGCAGAAAACGAGGCACUGCACCAGAUACGAACAGUGACAGCUGUGGGAAAAGAGCCAAUGUGUCACCCAACGAAGCAGACAGUCGACCCUCAAGGAGGACGGCGGCGUGUCCAGUGAAUCGGAAAUGGGGACCUCCGCCACAGGCUCCAGCAGAGCACCAGUCCUUCUUCAACCGCCUUUACAAAGCUGUGGCGUGGAAGCUGGUGUCAGCAGGGGGCUUUGGUCCCAACUUGGACCACUUUGAGAUCAUCCGCAGCUGUGUUGAGUCUUGUAAGCAGAGCCUGACUUGCGUGUUUGUGCCACUGAAAGACAUUAUAGGCUUGCCCGAAGGUUGCAUGCAGAAGGAAGGCCAUGUGUGCGAGAUUCGCUGUCAGACCGUCUACAUGGGCACAGGAUACGGGCAGAACGAAUCUGACGCCAGAAACAUGGCUUCCAAAGAAGCCCUAAAGGUCUUUCAGGGCCAAAAAGUGACAGUAAAGAUCUGUAGACGGAAGUACAGAGGGAAAGAUGUGGAAGACUUGUUGUUGCUGGAUGACCAGCCCCGGAACCAGGGCUUUCCGCCCGCACUCAGCUAUCCUUUUCAGGCAGAAGACGGUUCUUCAUAGAAGGGGGAAAAAACAAAAACCCACACGAACUAGCACACAGUGACACGUAAAUAACGGAGCUACUGAUGAGAUUCAUCGCUGGGUUGGUGCCAGACUUAAUUCGGCCAAAACAUUAUCUUAUACUGUUGACAUUAUGCUGUCAUGGUCCAUUUCACGCACUGUUAGACAAUCACCAGUCAUCACCUUGUUUGUUACAAACGAGGAAAAUGUACUUCUGAAAUGUCUAAAAGAAGAUAAAUGUUUCUUCCAUUGAUUGGAAAUGGUCAACUAACUUUUUUUUCAGGGGCAUUGAAGCAUUUCAUAAAAACAUUAUGCAGUUCCAGUUUCACAAAUGUGAUUGCUGCUUUUUUCUGCUUAAAUUGCUUUAAACUGAACAUCUAUAGAUUUUGGGCUGUUCAUAAAAGCAAAUAUGCUAUUUGCUGAUUUCAGCUCAGAGACUGAGAAUGUGUGACUGGAACUGUUCAUGUUUUUAGACAGUGGGAACAUAAAUUAACAGGUUAAUAAAACAGUGAAAAUUAUCCUUAUUUGUAGCUUUAUCUGGAACUAAUUCAACAGUAUGAUACACAAAAUUAAUUUCUGACUUUAACAAUCUAAUAUAUUUACCUUUCGGUGUUUCAA